AGAAUGAGGCAAUGCGCGUAUUACCGGUACAAAACCGAUAUUUCCAUCUACCACUUCCGCGCCUCUCUGCUGUCAGUCCAGGACCUGCGUGUGCUGCUGGAAAAAGGCGAGCACGGCUACAUCGAUGUGCUCAUUGGCCCUGACUUGCUAUCAAGCCACCACGUCCCCGCAGGCGACGAGGUGCCCCCCGGCAGCCUCGAAGCAUGUUAUCUCCCGGGGGCCUUCCACAGGGGCGGCUCUGCGCUCGGGAUUCGCAUGAACAACGGCACCACCGAGUGGCUCUGCUUCAGCAAAGAUAUCCAGCACUCUGUCCUGGAGACACUCGACGUCGAUGCCGUGCCCCGCCGCAAACUGCUGUUUGACCAUGUGGCGAGCGUGGCUAAGCCCCCUAAUAUGAGGCGCUCGCGCUGGGUCCCGUAUACAGAGCAUAGAGAUUGGUUUGAGUCGCUGCGCACCGCGGGGCUCAAGGCGUGUAGGGUGAGUUUGACGUGGAGGAAUUUCGGGACUGAGUUGAGGGAGGAGCAUGCGAGGAUGAGGGUGAUGGAGGAGGACGACAUGCGGUUUGAGAAUGGUGAAGCGUGGGAUCAGGAAAACGAGCAAGAGGACGACGACGACGAAGACGAAGACGAAGAUAUUGAUGACCAUGACGAAGAACACGAAGAAGACGGUAAUGACAUGACUCCAAUGACAAUAGGAAGACACACAUCAGUCAUCUACACCGAUCUAUCGCUCUCUCCAGGCGCCGCAACCCCUCACGACCUAGAGUCUACCUCUUCGCACACAUCCAGCAGCUCUAUCCCAAGCGACCGAAGCACAAAUGCGCUUCUAACCCAGCGUCAUCCGUCAUCUAGCUAUAAAGGCAAGGGCAAAGCACCCUUGAUAAGCGCGUCCUACACAUGA